AUUACUUAAUGGUCGAUACCACUUCCAAUCGGUGGAACUCGUGUGUGGUUAUCGUGCUUGUUUACAAAUUGUUUAUGGCUAUGAAUUAAUUAAGCAGUAUGGAGACGGUAAAUGCCACUUACUCGUAUAUCACAAAUUUUGAGGUGAUGCAAAUAUUACAACAUAUAAAGGGCACCAAAAAGAAAUGGGGCAUGCACAAUCUCGCAACGGUUACUUACGAGGCUCUACAGUACCUCGAAGAAUCGCCUUGUAAAACACAAACACGUGAAUCCAUUAAAGGCUAUCUGUGUGACUUGGCCACCUAUAGGUUGAUGCCACAUGAGCAGCUUCAAAUGGUUAAUGAUCCUCCCACCAGUGCCCUGCAUACACAACUGCUUAUUGACGAUAAUAAAGUCCCACUCACUGACGAGGAGAACGAGGCUAUUAUCCAGCUAACGCAUAAGCACUUCUCGAAUACUACCACGGAACCGGUACAAGCCAACCAACAAGCACCGACAUAAAAAACUAUAUAUACUAGAGAUUAAAUCAUUUUUUAUUUGAA